UUUCAGUUUCUGUAGGUCGAAGAUCGCGGAAACAGGCAGAUCCGACGUGAGAUUGUCGCAGGUUGAUCCUAAGGUCUGCCGAACGGGUUACUGCAACACCGUAGGCCAGCAGCGAAUUCGAUAUGGUCGCUUUUCUGGACUCGGAGAUUGAGCCGACGUUGAUGAACGUCGGCGUUGGUCUCACGCCGACGGACAACAACCGUAGCAACGAUGACAGGCUGACGAGCGACAUUGGGAGAAUCAGGGACCAAGCUUUCACUACGCCCCGCGUAACGAUGCCGAACGGCAGGGACGGCUAUGCGCUGAAAUUCGACGGCAUCAGUGACAAGAAGCUGAGCGUGGACAUCAAUCCGGAGCCCGACUUCGUGAAGAAAGUCGCCGAUUACGAUUACGACGCGAAUGUGUGUAAUUCGCGAUGGUUUUUUUACCCGCUGACCGUCCCACGAUUUUACGGAGAUCAGGUGGAACUAGCUAGGUGUACUCCGCGCCGGUUUAUAAUGUCGACGCGACGAGAAGACCGCCUCUUUUCGGUGGGACGCCUCGCGCCGUUUACAUGCCUUUGCGGGGAACGUGAGUUUGUUUACACGAGGAUGACGGCGCUAAAUGUUGACGACUACCAGGAGACCGAUCCCGGCUUGAAGGCGCCCGUCGGUCAGACGGACAAGAAAGGCAUACCCGGCGGAGUGCAUGGAAAUGGAUCUCUCUCCAGCGGCAGUUCUAUAGUCACAAUUUCGUCGGACGCCGUCUUGGAUCCCGACGCGGAGCGACGUAAGGAUCCAAGCGGCCACGGGGACAACAAGGACAUCAGGAACGAGAGGUGGUAUCACACGAUCCUACAGGUGUCGGUACCGUUUUUGAUCGCUGGUCUGGGUACCAUCGGCGCCGGUCGUGUCCUCACCAUCGCGAAGAAUAUGCCUGCUUUCAUUGAAGUCCCCCAGCUACUGAUUCUGACUACGGCACUGCAGGGUCUGAAGGGUAAUCUCGAUAUGUGCUUGGCGUCGCGGCUGUGCACCCAGGCGAAUUUAGGCAACAUGACCAGCCGGCGGGAGAUCAUCAAGAUGAUCGUCGGGAACAUCGCCCUGGUGCAGAUCCAGGCGAUUGUCGCGGCCUGCUGCCUGUCGCUGUUCGGCAUGGGGGUGGGCGCGUUCAAUGGGAACGGCUUCGACUGGGAUCGCGCCCUGCUGCUGGCGGUUUCGUGCAUGUGCACGGCGACCAGCUCCUGCUUCAUCUUGGCGCCGUAUGCCAAAACCGCAAGGCUGCUCCUCGCUAUGGCGAUCCCCGGUCAACUGAUCUUCGUUUUCAUCGCCGACACAUUAAACCCGGGCGAUUGCAAGUUGCAUGCUUACUUCGUAAUCUCUUACGUAGUUGUUUCCUUAGUACAGGUGAUGAUCCUGUUGUACGUCGCGCACAUAAUCAUUCACGUGAUGUGGAGGUACAAAAUCGAUCCCGACAACUCGGCGAUCCCGUACUUGACGGCACUGGGUGAUCUCAGCGGAUCGCUGCUCCUUGCGUUGGCUUUCUUCUUCAUAUACUCGUUAAAUAGACCGUACUGCGUCGGCGGACCGUAGGUGAAGAGAAACGUAAAUCUGAGACGGAGCGUUAAAGUCAACGCACAUGUACUGCAAACGCGCACGCACUCGCACAACGGCGCGGUAAAGGACUUUUAACAAUCCCUGAUUUUUUUUUUCUCAUUGCGGGACAGCAAAGAGGAUUGGGUGUCUUGCGCUGUCAAAACAAUUUCCAGCGCCUUGCCUCGUGGCGUUAUAUAACUCGCGAGAUGACUCGCGAAACCCGAGAAUGAUGACGAAAUGAGCGCCAAGAAGCCGAGGUAUAUAUAAUGAGGGUAAUACUCAGUUCACAAAUAUAUACAUUUGUUAACGAUACAAUUCCGAAACGACAGUUUGUUAGUAAUCUGUUUCUGGUAUAAGCAUGUGAAAAACCGGCUGUGAACUACAAGUGUGAUGACCUGCGCGGGCGGCAGCACAUGAUGGUUAGCAGUUAUCUAUAGUCACGUCAUAUUUCACGUUUUUUUUCCACAAAACGUGGCACGUGUCCACGAGCCUCAUUGCGAAUCAAUAGGUGCCUAGUCAAUUAAGUAGCAAACAAUAUACGUAUGCUCGAAAACUGUCUGAAAGAUGUUUCAAUACGGAGAACCGUCGGUCAUUCUAGCGGUCCAUCCGCGGAAACGUACGUCUUUCAGCGUUUUAGAAGAUUUUGUAAAUAUAAUUGCAUCGUCUUGACGAAGAAUUCUCGUCGCGACACGAGAUGAGCUGGCAGUAUCGCGACUUGUAUUCUAACUUGAAGCGAUAGCGACACGUUUUAACUGUAAGCGCGAUAUAGCGGUCGUAUAAUUUAUAAAAAUUGUGGCCGCGAAGAAAAACCGGAGGUAUACGAGCAAAGCGAGCGAGAGCCGAGUGCCUGUAGGAGUUCUUGCAUUUUUUUUCCCCUUCUUCAUCUCGGAAGUCGCAAGACAGGAAUUCCGAAGCGUUCUCGUACUGCCAACGACGGAGCGAACGGAGCACCAUUUAUAAUUGCGCAAUCGCAUGCACAAUUGCGGCGCAAUUGCGACUCAAUUAAAGCGGCGGCGUUUUCAGCGACAUAUUAUUAAAGUAAGCGUUGAUUGCCGCUCCUCGCCCUCCACCACCCUCUCCACAGCCUUACACGUAUAUACACCUUAUUUAAUUACGCAACGCGGUCCCCGGAACACGCCUUACGUAAUACUCAGACAAUACCGAGUAAAUCUGCGUCGAUUAUUUGUCUUUUGAAGAUAUAAGAAAAUUCACAUUUCGAGCGUUUAAACUCUCAGCACGUUGAACAUCAUGACGAAGAUACUAUGAAAGUACUCCAAAUAGCGCUGACAAAAUUUUUAUCAAAAUUAUAUUCUAAUAUUUUUUUGUUAUUUCAUUCAGGAGUUUAAUAGGUCUUUCUUAAGAAGAUUUAAAACAUAGUACUAGCAAACUUGUCGCACGCAAAACUGGCACUGUGCAGCCGAAGUUCAACGUGCGGAAAACUGUUCUAUAGGAAAGCUAAAAUCGUUUACGAAGAAUCAUUCGAAGCGUUUAUGCAGAUUUUUAGGAACAAAUUAUUUUGAAACGCAAAUGUAUUCGUAUAUGAAAUAUUUAAAUAUAUUUUUAUGUAUAUUUUA